CGGCAGGAACUUUUAACACUCAGCGGUGGCGCGUAGCCAGUGUAAUUUUUGGCCCGCGCCGCUUCUCGUACUCUGGGAACUUUGUCCCUCACUGACAGCCAGGCCUGGAGGUCGGCCCUGCAGAUCGGACACGCCGCCCAUGCUCUCCGCCUCCAAAAAGGCUCUCCAGCUCCUCUCCAGCUCCAUCCCGGUACGGAAGAUGGGGGACGCAGCCUCGAAGGUCAUCAGCGCGGAGGAAUCCUUGCCGGGACGCACGGAGCCGAUCACCGUAGCUGCCAAACACCAUGUCAGUGGCAACAGAACGGUUGAACCUUUCCCAGAGGGAACACAGAUGGCUGUAUUUGGAAUGGGCUGCUUCUGGGGAGCUGAGCGCAAGUUCUGGCUUUUGAAAGGCGUGUAUUCAACCCAAGUGGGUUUUGCAGGAGGCUACACACGCAAUCCCACCUACAAAGAGGUCUGCUCAGAAAAAACCGGCCAUGCAGAAGUCGUCCGGGUUGUGUACCGGCCAGACCGCAUCAGCUUUGAGGAACUGCUCAAGGUCUUCUGGGAGAAUCACGACCCGACCCAAGGCAUGCGCCAAGGCAAUGACUACGGCACCCAGUACCGAUCGGCGGUCUACCCUACCUCCGCUGCACAGAUGGAAGCAGCCCUGAGGUCCAAAGAGGAAUACCAGAAGGUUCUUUCGAAGCAUGGCUUUGGCCCCAUCACCACCGACAUCCGAGAGGGACAAGUGUUCUACUAUGCUGAAGACUACCACCAGCAAUACCUAAGCAAGAACCCAGAUGGCUACUGUGGCCUUGGGGGCACCGGGGUUUCCUGCCCAAUGGGCAUUAAAAAAUAAUUUCUCUCCAUGGAGUUGGCCCUGGAGGUUCCAGCAAAACCAUGGUUGCUGGAUGGGAGCGGCACUGCUGUGAUUCACGCCGGUCACCUUCUGAAGAGCACACACCACAAGGGCAUUUAUACAAAUCUGGGUGUAAUUGGGGUUUGAUUUGCAGGAAGCAUUACAAGCUGAUACAACGUAAUCUGUCUUCAGUGGAUUUUUUGGGAUCUAAGUGGAGAUAACGAAUGCUCUGUGUCCACCUGUCCAGGCUAGAAGAGAUGUUGAAGGUUCUGAAACAGGGAGACAGCCAGGAGAACACAGGGUAUUGGGACUCCUCUGUCUGUGCUGACAUACCUCAGCCCCUCAGGUGCCCAAUUCAUUAAUGUCUACAGGCUCCAUGAAUCAUUUGCCGAAACGCUUUGCUCUGCUGACUCUAGGCGUGUGUGAAGGGUUUCUCUCCCUCCUCCAUCCCUCUCUGUGCGGAGGAAAGACAUGAGUGACCUUAAUGAAUUCUAACAUUCUGCUUACAGCUAUGAAAAAGAUUGUUCUAAUAAAAACCUACAGUUCAGUAACA